UCAUCUGCCCCUCUCAGAGCACUCCAGAGUUGCGUCAGUGGCUGCAAUCCCAAAGCAAGUCAGACUGGCAGCUCCACAUGCAGCUACUGCAGUAGUGACCCCAUUGUAGUGACUUUUAACCCACACAGAAUGAAUCCUCCCAAUACAGGUUGUAAUAUCGGUGGACGUACCAUGGGAGGAUACCACCAGCCUGAUGAUGAUGACUUCAGUGUACGCACAAUCUGGCCGGAGGAGCUAGCGAAGAAGAUGACUCGCUCUAAAACCCAACCUAACCACAACAGUGCAGGGAUUGGGAUGGGCUCAGGAAGGGCCUGCAUGGGCCAAAAUCAGAGUAGUGGCAAUGGCACCAACCCUGUAAUCCUUGACUGCCGGAACCUCAUGGAAUUCACUCGUUCUCACCUGACAGAUCAGGCAGGACGACGGAGGCUCCAGCAAGGCAAGAUGGCAGUGUUGGACUUCAUCGGAUCAGGGAACAGUGGGGACCAGGGAAGAGAUUCCCUAAAGAGGCUUUGGAAGAAAAGGGGAGAUGCUUGCAUGGGGGAUGGCAAUGGAUUUGACGAAAUACCUCUGCAAUCCCCUUCCCUGCGCUCUCCCUCACCAGAUUCCCCUCCCUCUUUCUCACCUCCACCCUCUGCCACCAGUACCCUCAUUAAGCCAAAACCAAAGCAGAGAGAGAGAGAGGGUGGACACACCUUACCUUCUGCACAAUCACUCCACUUGGUCCUCAACUCGCUCAACCGAGAACAAGAUGUGGAAAAUGGACGAGUGCACCUUUCCCUCCCCCUCUCCUCCUCCCUCCCAGCGUCACUGUCCGAUGAGAGUGUGAUGACCCCGGAUGUGGAGAACGCUGUGAUCAGCGCCAUUCUUCCUUUCCUUUAUCUGGGCAAUGAAAGAGAUGCACAGGAUUUAGACCUACUUCUUCGGCUCAACAUUGGUUAUGUGGUCAAUGUCACCUCCCAUCUUCCCCUCUACCACCUGGACACUGGCUUGGUGCGUUACAAAAGGCUUCCUGCUACUGACAACAGCAAACAGAACCUGCGGCAGUACUUUGAGGAGGUUUUUGAGUUUAUCGAGGAGGCUCACCAGUGUGGACGGGGUGUUCUUGUUCACUGCCAAGCAGGAGUGUCCCGCUCAGUGACUAUUGUCAUUGCUUACCUGAUGAAGCACACCCUCAUGACCAUGACCGAUGCUUAUAAAUAUGUGCGGGGUCGGCGGCCAGUAGUUUCCCCCAACCUCAACUUCAUGGGCCAGCUGCUAGAGUUUGAGAGGGACCUCAACUCUGGGGUAACACCUCGUAUCCUCACCCCCAAACUGAGUGGCCUAGAAACACAAGUUUAAAAGAUUCAGGCUGAAAAGUGGAGAAGAAAACAGUGAAAGAGAUGGAAGAUGAAAAUUAAAGGGAUAGUUCAACCAGUAUUGAAAAUUCUGUCAUCAUUUACUCACUUGUGUUGUUUUCGGACUUGUAUGACUUUCUUUUUCUCGUGAAACACAACAGAUGUAAGGCAGAAAGUCAUAUGGGUUUGGAACAUGAGGGUCAGUAAAUAAUGACAGAAUUUUGCACAAAAAGAAAAGGAUGGCUAGAAUAUAAAGUUAAGACUAAAGAUGUUUAACAAGGGCAUAACAGAGUUAAGCCCAAAGUAUACUUCGAUUUUGACGCGAACGCUCAGCGUCUGCAUACGUUAAUGUAUACUCCAUUUGGCAAUUGGCACAUGUGCGCCACGACUGCUAUGAGACGCCGGACAAUUUUUCUUCAGGAGUUUAGACC